AUGAGCCCUGUGGGCCAGAUGAACCACUGCAUCCCAGCUCACUACCAGGGCUUGGACACCCAGAACCCACAUCAGCAUCAUCAUCAUUCUGAAAUGCAGCAAAUGGCCACCAAUGGCCUAAAGAGGACAGAGGAAGAGACUGGACACCUGCACAUGAAUAAUCAUGGCAUGAUGCCAUUGGUGUCACCUCAAGGUGGGCCAGGUGGUGGAGGUGUCAGUAAGGGCCAAGACCCUCAGCCCAGCACCAGUCAUCCCAGGGAUGGCCAGACAAAAGUUGGGCUGCCCAAUGGCAAGAAGACCAAGGGUCGUGUCAAAAUCAAGAUGGAGUUCAUUGAUAACAAGCUCAGGCGCUACACUACAUUCUCCAAGAGAAAGACAGGCAUUAUGAAGAAGGCAUAUGAGCUGUCUACACUGACAGGCACUCAAGUGAUGCUUCUGGUGGCCAGUGAGACUGGGCACGUGUACACAUUUGCCACAAGAAAGCUGCAGCCCAUGAUCACUUCAGACACAGGAAAAGACCUGAUCCAGAUGUGCCUAAACAGUCCUGACCCACCAUCAGACAGGAGGUGUUUAGCCAAUGACCCCAGGGGUCAACCAUCUGGUUUUGAAGAAACUGACCUCACCUACUCUGUGGAUGACCAAAGGUGCACAGAUGACAAUGGGCCAGAUCAAGACUAUGAUGAUGAUGAAGAUCAAGAAAUGCAAACCUCACCAGGUUGUGAAGAAUUGGGAAAAGGGACUGGAGAGAAUUUUGAAGACAUUGACUCCUUCUGCAGUGGAGAAUCAGAAAGGGGAGGUUCAGGAUUGCUGCCAAUUUCUGGGAAGACUGUGUUGCAAGCUGGUUCAGAACUUAGGAAUAUCAGUCGCCAAUUUGCAGGUGGUAGCAGCAUUGGGGCACCAAAAUCAGGAGAAGAUGGCCAGAGGAACAGGACUGCUUCUAGCCAAGAUGCUGAACCCAAUUCCGGGGGUUCAGGCUCUUACCUGAUACCCACCAGACAUGGGCUGGUGUAUACUACAGAGGAUGGUCAGGAAUAUCUUCUUCCCAUCGCAUUAGUCAUUGCCGAAUUGCACAAGUCUCUGGAACAAAUGCAGACUUUGACAUCUGGUAAUGAUUUGCAAUCCCCAGCUUUCGGUGGAUUUUCUGCUGUCCACAAGCUGGUGCUGAUAAGGUCUGCUUUGGUCACUCCUCCUCUAAGCCCCGAAGGCUUCGGGAGCCGGCGUUUGCUGCCGGAAAUGAUUAUCUUUGUUCUUGACCCGGUUUACCGCAAUGCGGUAAACCGGGUGCCCUAUCCGCUUCCGGGUUGGCGUGCAGGUGUUGCUGCGCGGUAUACCCAAGCGAGGAUGCUACGCUCGGGUUGCCGCGUGGACGCAACCCCACAAAAUCCCCCCCCUUUGGUUGACGACGGCCAAUAG